GAAGCUGUCAAGCUGGACAAGUCCAGUUCUGAGUGCUCGAGAACAGACCAUACAGAACCCAUACACCUUGGACCCAUCCCAGAAGAGCAGUAUGUAGCCGAAGGAAUUGAGGAACCAGUGCCUCUAGCGCUACACACCCGCUACAGGGACGCAGAAACAAUCACAGAUGUUUGUAACAGCACAGAGCUCCCUGAGGUGGAGAUUAUCAGUCUGUUGGAGGAGCAGUUGCCGGUCUACAGGCUGAGGGCAGACUGUGUGUACGGCUAUGAGCACGACGACUGGAUCCACACGCCUCUCAUCUCGCCCGACACACGCAUAGACCUCACCUCUGAGCAGAUUGAGGAGACCCUCAACUACUUUUUACUAUGUGCUGAGCGAGUGGGCCAGAUGACUAAGACCUACAAUGACAUCGACGCUGUCACAAGACUUCUGGAGGAGAAAGAGCGGGAUCUGGAGCUCGCUGCCCGCAUCGGUCAGUCCCUCCUGAAGAAGAACCGUGUUCUGUCAGAGCAGAAUGAAUACCUGGAGGAACAAGUGGGCACCAUCAGGGAGGAGGUGGCUCAGCUGCACCAUGAGUUGAAUCUAAAAGACGAGCUUCUGCAGUUCUACACUAAUGCAGUGGAGGAGAGUGAAGAGGGGUCUGGAUCGCCCACGAGUCAACAGGGAAGGGCAGGAGCUUCUGCCCGGAGCGGUUCCUCUCUGGACAUUCUGCAGCAAAAACUUCGAGACCUGGAGGAAGAAAAUCUGUCUCUCAGAUCAGAGGCGAGUCAGCUGAAGUCUGAGACAGAGUCAUAUGAGGAGAAGGAACAGCAGCUGGUGAAUGACUGCGUCAGAGAGCUAAGGCAGUCCAGCAUCCAGAUCUCCAGUAUAGCAGAGGAACUGGCUAAAAAAACAGAAGAUGCCUCUCGACAACAGGAGGAAAUCACACACCUACUCUCUCAGAUAGUGGACCUGCAGAAAAAAGCCAAAACUUUUGCCGUCGAGAAUGAAGAACUUUCUCAGCACCUUUCGGCAGCUAAAGAUGCACAAAGACAGCUCACAGCCGAGCUGCAGGAGCUCGAAGAGAAAUACUCUGAGUGCAUUGAAAUGCUCCAUGAGGCUCAAGAGGAGCUCAAGAACCUACGGAACCGCAGUGUGUCCGCAGGAACUCCUCGACGCUAUCACCCUCUGGGACUUUUUCCCAUGGACUCCCUGGCUGCUGAAAUUGAGGGAAGCAUGAGGAAGGAAUUGAGUCUGGAUAAUCCUGACAAUGAAGAACAGAGGGUACGUCAUAAGCGUGUGUUUGAGACCGUGAAGAACAUCAACCAGUCUGUCAGACAGCGACCUGCUAACUCUGCUACCAACAUCCCUGGGUCCAAUCAGACGCUCUCUUCCCUUAGCUCCGCCCUCUCUGAGAGCAAUAGCAUCAGUGCAGCGCCUGAUAACCGUACACAGAGCAUGCUGCAGGAGACCGGCUCUUCAGAUGCUGCUGUGGAUGCCCCUGAGAAACGAUCUGGCUCAGAGGAGCUCAAACUCGCUCUGCGGCGACUGUCUCUGCGACGGCAGAACUGUCUGAGCGAGCGUCUCUUCUUCGAGGGGGAGCGGGAGAGGCGUAAUCGAGAGCCAGUCGACAGUGGAGAUUACUCAAACAGGAUGGUGCACAGCGAGAGCAUCAUGUCCCUGGGCGCUUGGGCCAGCCGGCCCUAUCUUCCCGACAAGCUCCAGAUUGUCAAACCUCUGGAAGGCUCGGCUACCCUUCAGCACUGGCAGCAGUUGGCUCAGCCUAAUCUGGGUGGUAUCCUGGAUGCUCGACCUGGCGUGGUCCCGAAAGGCUUCCGUCCCUUGGAGCUGGACCUGGAGGAAGUGUAUCACUAUGCCGACUAUGAGGAAGAUGAGCCUGGAGAGCAGUACUUCCAGAACCUUCCCACCACAACCACAUCCAGUUCCAGUGUCCCUCCUGCCCAUAGCCUCGCCCCCUCAGCCUCCCCGUCACCAUGUCUCAGCACAGGUCACGCUUCCAUUGAGUUUUCAAUGUAUUUCCCGGGCAAAUGCAUGGCUCAUACAAGUUCAACCUACACCUUCACCACCUGCAAAAUUCUCCAUCCAUCUGAUGAGCUCACAAGGGUGACACCCAGUUUAAACCCUGUCCCCACCUCUUCCUGCGUGAUGUCAAGCAGUCUGCGCUCAACACCAGCCGCCACGCCGUGUACUCCUCGUCGAAUGAGUCUGUCCCAGUCUCAGUCCUUCACCAACCUGCGGGACUCCACCAAAACCUUCAGCACAUCUUUGGGUCUGGUGCGCCUCCUGCAGGAGAGGGGCAUCUCAGCUGCCGUGUACCAGCCUCAAAGCUGGGACAGAGGAAGCGGAGGAGUCCUCUUCUCCACCUCAGUUCUUCCUCCUCCGCCUCCCGACCCGAAUCGUCCCACCACCCCACCCAAUUCCCCCACCCGUCACACUCCCAGCCCAGGUUCAGCGGUUUCUGACGCAGACACCUCCACACCUUUCUCUUUCAAGAGCCCGUCCUAUGAAAACUUUUUGGCUUCCAAACCAGCAAGGUCUAUUUUGAAAGAGGUGGCAGGGGUGUCUGGGGCUCAGGCUAAAGACUGUGAGAGCCAAACUGAUGUCAGUAUGUAUAAUCUCAACUUGGUUGAUAAGCUGAAAAGAUUGGGGUUGGCAAGCCCUGGGGCUUCUGGGGCAACAGGGGGAGGGAUUCCAAGGCCAAGCCCACUUAUAGGUCCUCUGGGUGGGCUUCGGAGGGCAGGGUCGCCCUUCAGUCCACUAAACGAAGGUAUGAGGAGGAAUCGGAGUUAUCCUGCUAUGGUUGGGGCCAGUAUGGCAAUGAAGGGACCCGGCCCUCAAGGGGACGAAAUGCUACUGGCUCCUAAAAUACACAAGCAAACAAGUCUCAAAUAAUGAGUUAUGCAUAGUAAUGAAUCACACAAUCAGUGGAUUGUACCUCACUAACUUGCUAACACAGAAUUCAAGUCAUACCUUGUAAUAUACACUAAAAACACACUCUCACUUAAAUAAUUCACCUAAAGAAAAAUCGGUCAUUUACUAACCCUCAUGUCAUUUUAAACCUUUAUGCCUUUACAGAAGACAGUAUUUUGAAGAAUAUUUCAAAAUGAUUGGACGCUAUUGACUUUAAUCGUAUGGCCAAAAAACAAACAAUCAAAAAUACAAAAACAAAAUACAAUGGAAAUCAAUGGGAACUGAAACUGUAGAGGAAACAAAUAAGGAAAAUUUAGGAUUAGGAAUUCUCAUUUUUAUCCUUAUAAAAACACAUAUACAUAUGCAGAUGGAAGUUUAAAGUGUUAUUUUAAUUCAUGCUGAUCUGUCUGUUUUUCACUAUAACUCCCCAAUUUGCCCUGUACAAUCUAAUGUGAUAUGUAUCCUGUACGGAUGGUGCUGAUUGUAUGUAACCUUUGACCUCACUUUGACUUCCCAGUGCACAUGCAGGAAGGAAUAAAUCAUCAAAAACCAAAUGAACUGGGAAAUCUACAGUCACGUGUAUGGUUCGAUCACUAUGAAGUUCAGUUAUCACACUUGAUGUGUAGUUUUCAAGCUGAGGGCAUUUCCAGGAUAUAUGAAAGUGUAUUGAUCUGGAAUCAAUGGUGUUCUGUUCCUGCUUUCGGCAACUAUAAAAAUGUAUUUUCCCCAGUUGCCUGCUGGUUUUGAAGGGUGGCAUUUAAGUUGAUGUAUUGAUGCUGGCAGAGAGGAUGUGUAGCACAGGUUUAGCCUAAUCACGCACCUCAACCAACUCUCUUUUCCUCCAUUAUUCUCUUAUCUCUGUACCUUUUUUAAAAGACAAGUCUUUAAUAAUGACGUGACAACUGUACCUUUUCAUGUGAUGAGUGGAUGAAUUGAGGGUUGGCUACAUGGACUGAUUUCGGAAAGUGCUGCUGUCAUGCUGGUUUUCUGUUAAAAAGCGAGUGCCUGUAUUUUAGUCAUCUGUCAUGUCAGUUUUUACUGAAUGACUGGAAAAUGUUUGCGAAGCUAAAGAGCACUGUACACUAGAAUGAGCACGGAGCACUUGUGUUUAAUUGUGAUUUUAUUCUCUUCAUUUAUUCAUGUUUUUGAAAUGUGCACUGAGUUAUACUGUGCUGUUUAACACCUCCUGUUUCAUAACGUUUUUUGAGAUUUAGUUGCUCUCAGGUAAUGGUCGUACAAGGGAAAAGCUUUUAGAUUAGUGACUACGCAAUAAUGUUCGUUUGAAUUCUUUUAUUUUCAAAUAAAAAUAAAUGCAGAUAAAUAAAAUUGAUGUUGCUUGUCUGUUGAUGGCCAUAAGUUUCACUAGAGGGCAGUGUGUCCUCUCAUUUGUUUCCUUCUCUUGCA